AUGGCUGAGCUCAAGUCGCUGUCGGGGGACGCGUACCUGGCGCUGAGCCACAGCUACGCCGCGGCAGCGGGCCUCGCUUACGGGGCUGCACGGGGACCCGAGGCGGCCCGCGGCUACGGCGCGCAGGGUCCCGGCGGCGACCUCCCCGCGGCGCCUGCGCCCCGCGCCCCCGCCGCGGCGGCCGAGAGCAGCGGCGAGCAGAGCGGCGACGAGGACGACGCCUUCGAGCAGCGGCGGCGACGGCGCGGACCGGGGGGCGCAGCGGACGCGCGGCGGCGGCCCCGGGAGCAGCGCUCGCUGAGGCUCAGCAUCAACGCCCGGGAGCGGCGGCGCAUGCACGACCUGAACGACGCGCUGGACGGGCUGCGCGCCGUCAUCCCCUAUGCGCACAGCCCGUCCGUGCGCAAGCUCUCCAAGAUCGCCACGCUGCUGCUGGCCAAGAACUACAUCCUCAUGCAGGCGCAGGCCCUGGACGAGAUGCGGCGCCUGGUGGCCUACCUCAACCAAGGCCAGGGCCUGGCCGCGCCCGUGGCCGCCACGCCUCUGGCGCCCUUCGGCCAAGCCGCCGUGUACCCCUUCUCCGCGGGCGCGGCCCUCGGGCCCUGCCCUGACAAGUGCGCCGCCUUCUCCGGAUCACCGUCGGCGCUUUGCAAACACUGUAACGAGAAGCCGUGA